AUGAAAAAGUCGACAAAGGAGCUGAAAUCCCAGCAAGAGGAUAGUGUCAAGUUUGGAAUUAUUGAUGUUCUUCAAAUCAUUGGUGGUUUAAUCUUCCUAAAUGCAUUUUUAUCAUGGUGGUUUACCUCCACGUCAACUUGGGGCUAUAAAGGAAAAUGGGUUGAUCCAGGGUAUUUGAAGUUAAGAGUAACUAACAACUACGUCAAUUUAACGAUUGACGAACUUUCCUUAUAUAAUGGAUCAGAUUCUAAGUUGCCUGUUUAUAUAGGUAUCAAUGGGAAAGUUUAUGAUGUUAGUCGAUCGAGAGGUACAUAUGGUCCUAAGGGAACUUAUGGAUUUUUCAGUGGAAAAGAUGCAGCCCGUGCAUUUGUCACAGGAUGUUUCAGUAAGGAAGAUGAAUUCACUUAUGAUCUAAGAGGAUUAGAUCCAGAUGAGGCAAUGCAUGAUAUUGAGGGUUGGCAGACGUUUUUUGAAUCUAGUUCGAAAUAUUGGUAUGUGGGUAUAGUUCAACAUGAAGAACUAGCAGGCGAGCCUCCCUCGCCCUGUGAACAUGUGAAGUUUCCGACCUACUAUAAUCAUUAG